GUCACACUGGGGGGGUUCUAGACGAAGAACGCACAUCACAGCUGAGGUAGUGACUUAGCUCCGUAGUAACAGCAGUGGCUUUUCAGGGUCCAUAGGUGCGGGAACUAUGAGAUGGACACACAGGCGAGAACACCCCCUGCCUCCGGCGGGUUGUGCAGCCCGCAGAGACGCCAGACCCGGGGACAGCGCGAUCGGGGAACCCAUUGCGCAGGCGCGUUCAGUGUUACGCUUCCGGGAGAUGGCGAAAGAGAGGGAGGGAAGGGCGCGGCCCUACUCGCGUCACGUGUCGGGGGAGACGCGUCACGUGAGGCCCAGGUGGCGGAGCUUUGCGGCCCCGCGCCAUCGCGGCUCCGGCCACAGGAUGCAGAAUGUGAUCAACACGGUGAAGGGAAAGGCUCUGGAAGUGGCCGAGUACCUAACCCCGGUCCUCAAGGAAUCAAAAUUUAAGGAAACAGGUGUGAUCACCCCAGAAGAGUUUGUGGCAGCUGGAGAUCACUUAGUCCACCACUGUCCAACAUGGCAAUGGGCUACGGGGGAAGAAUUGAAAGUGAAGGCAUACCUACCAACAGGGAAACAAUUUUUGGUAACCAAAAAUGUGCCAUGCUACAAACGAUGCAAGCAGAUGGAGUAUUCAGAUGAAUUGGAAGCUAUCAUCGAAGAAGAUGAUGGCGAUGGGGGAUGGGUAGAUACAUACCACAACACAGGUAUUACAGGAAUAACUGAAGCAGUUAAGGAGAUUACACUCGAAAGCAAGGACAGUAUAAAACUCCAAGAUUGCUCAGCACUGUGUGAAGAGGAAGAAGAGGAAGAUGAAGGGGAAGCUGCAGACAUGGAAGAAUAUGAAGAAAGUGGAUUGUUGGAAACAGAUGAGGCUACCUUAGACACAAGGAAAAUAGUGGAAGCUUGUAAAGGUAAAACUGAUGCUGGGAGUGAAGAUGCCAUUUUGCAAACCAGAACUUAUGACCUGUACAUCACUUACGAUAAAUACUACCAGACACCACGGCUGUGGUUGUUCGGCUAUGAUGAGCAACGGCAGCCUUUAACCGUUGAACACAUGUAUGAAGACAUCAGUCAAGAUCAUGUGAAGAAAACAGUGACCAUUGAAAAUCACCCUCAUCUCCCACCACCCCCUAUGUGUUCAGUUCACCCAUGCAGGCAUGCAGAAGUGAUGAAGAAAAUCAUUGAGACUGUUGCAGAAGGUGGGGGAGAACUUGGUGUUCAUAUGUAUCUUCUAAUUUUUUUGAAGUUUGUCCAAGCUGUCAUUCCAACAAUAGAAUAUGACUACACAAGACACUUCACAAUGUAAUGAAGGGGGCAUAGAAUCCUAAUUUUCUGAUUUUUAAAGAAUUAACACAUAGAUGUGAUCAUUGACCAUAGUCAUCAAUAAGUAUAAUUUCUCUAAUAAAGGGACUUGAUAUGUUUAUGCAUUAAAUAAAAACUGUUCCGCUACCAGCCUUAUUUGUUUAAUAAAAACAGUGUGAAGAAACA